AUGGGCGACACGGUUCGAACCGACGUUCUUAUCGUCGGGGCCGGUCCGGCAGGAUUAAUGGCUGCCGCAUGGAUGGCUCAAACGGGUGUGCAAGCGAUGAUAAUUGACCAAAAGUCGCAUCACACGCGAUGCGGUCGCGCCGACGGGCUAGAAAGCCGAACAUUGGAAAUCCUAGAUAGCUUUGGCCUUGCAGACAGGGUCUGGGCAGAAGCGAACCAUACGGUAGAAAUUGCCUUAUGGGGCGGCACAGUCGACGGAAAACUCCAAAGACAGAGCGUUACUGCGAAUUCACAGCCCGGAUGGUCCCGAUUCUAUGAAUCCACGCUCAGCCAAGCCAAAGUGGAAGAGUAUCUCAUGGAAUAUGUCCGGGGCCGUGGGAACGUUGAAGUCAGACGAGAGACAACUCCAACCACUUUAGAGAUCGAUUACGAUACGAUCGAUGACCACAGUAAGUUUCCAAUUCGCAUGAAUCUAGAGAGCAUGGCUUCUUUGCCGAAGCCUUAUUUCAAUGGGAUGGACACCCCCGGGAGUGAUACGAGCAGCGAGCCAUAUUCGGAUGAUUCCGGAUAUGCAGGGAUGGACACCGUGGUAGAAGCCAAAUAUAUCGUGGGAUGUGACGGAGCGCACAGCUGGCUCAGAAAACAGCUCGGGCUCGAACUCGAGGGAGAAAGCUCGAGUGACUUUUGGGGGGUUUUGGAUAUUAUCCCCCUCACUAACUUCCCCGAUAUACGGAAACGGUCCAUUGUAAAGACAAAGCAUGGAACUCUCAUGAUGAUCCCGCGGGAGAGAAAGCUUGUCCGUAUCUACGUUGAGCUCCACCCAGAUGUGGCCGCGCGAUACAGGGAAGAACAAGACGGCGAGGUCCUCAUGAACGAGGUUGAGAAGAUCAUGUGGCCAUAUAUAAUGAAGACGAAACAUAUCGACUGGUCCACGGCAUACACGGUUGGCCAGCGGGUCUGUCGAAAAAUUGGGCUUCAUAACCGCAUCUUUCUUGCCGGUGAUGCGAUCCACACGCAUUCCCCCAAAUCAGGCCAAGGAAUGAACGUAAGCAUGCAGGAUACGUUCAACCUCGGCUGGAAACUCGCCUCAGUCAUCCAAGGCACCUUGCACCCUAAAAUCCUCGAGACAUACCAACAAGAGAGGCUACCUGUAGCCGAACGAUUGAUCGCACUCGACCAGCGGAUCUGCCGUGGAAUGUGCAGCCGCAGGGAUGUGGACAAUGAAACAAGCCACGGUCACUUCCAUGAGGACCACAAGCGAGCAAUGGAGCAAGAGAACUCGUCCGCCUCGGGCCUGGCCGUGAUUUACGAGCCAAAUCUACUCGUGGCAUCGACUACGCCUUGUGUGGCAGGGGCCAAGCCGGCAAAUGAUGAAAUGGCGCUCAGCCACAGCAAGCGUUCUCUGGCGACAAACAUCCAGGUCGGAGCGCGGAUUCCAAGCAUGCUGAUCAUUAACCAGAGUGACGCGCAACCAUGCCAUUUGCAGCAGAUCUUGCCCAGCACGGGGCAAUGGAAUCUGAUCAUUUUCGGGGCUGAUAUUGCGAAUCCGCGCCAAAUGUGGCGUCUCAGCCACCUGGAAGAAACCCUCGGUCAGCCCGAAUCCGUCAUUCAGAGGCUAAACAAUCAGGCAAGCAUGACGAGACGUGGGGUUGCAUGUGUCGGAAUGUACCUGGUCCACUGUGCAGACAGACUCGGCAUCGAACUUCAGGAUCUGCCGACGAUCUUCCGUCCUUGGACGGAGGACCGAGGAGUGGACUACAGCAAGGUAUGGGUGGAUGAAGAAGCGUACCACCACACUGGCGGAGGUCAAUUGUAUAAAUCAUUUGGCAUUGGACCCGAGGGCUGUAUGGUGUUAUUGCGACCGGAUCAGCACCUGGCGUUUAUAUCGGACAUGGAUGAUGUUAAGGGAUUGGAACGAUUUUUGAUGUCCAUCACGCCGGAGGAAUGUCGGGCUCCUGAACACUGUUAA